UCCUGAUUCAGACCAACAUAGAACGCAACCAAAGAGCGACUCAAAGAUAUGGCGCUUAAAGGCGAGGAAGAUAGGAAAUGUUUUUUUUCAUAAGUUUUAAAAGGAAGAGGGAGAUUUUCAGAGCCACAGAGAUUCAUCUCUGAAACCUCUAAUUAAUUCACUUCUCCUUGAUCCCUCCAUCGCUUACUCCCUCACUCUCUCUUGCGCGCGCCCUCUACGUGUUUUGAAUUGGAGGAAGAUUCAGGGAUUUGAAGGUAUCGCAGUAUGAGCAUCGAGAGUCCUGGUGAAAGGGAGAGUUAGGGUUUUGAGUUUUAAGUGAUAGAGGUGGGAUUUCCAUGGGCGAUGGAGGCGUCGCGUGCCUACCUUUGCAGCAACAACAGCAGCAUGUUAUUGAGACGUAUCCAAUUCCUUCAGAGAAAAUGCUUUGUUCAGGUAAGAAUAAUGGGUUCAAUUCAAAGUCAUCAGUCAAAUUCAGUGAGGCAGAACGGAAGCAGAAGAUGAAGGUGAAGAAAGAAGAGGUCGUAGCGAAGGAUGUUGAAUUGGGAAGAACAAAGUCAGGAUUGGAUAAGGCAGGGAAGAGCAGCAGAGAAGUUGGGUAUGCUGAAAACGGCGUUGUUAAUGCUGAGAAAGAUGAAGUUGAAGAGGGUGAAUUCGGAACAUUAGACAAUGGGGAGCUUGUUACGGAGAAGUCAAGAAAAGGUGGAAUUGAGAACAGUGAAAAAUGGAGGAUACCGGAGACUGAUAAAGGAGAGCAUGUACGGGGAAAGUGGCGAAGAGGGGAUAUAGAGAAAGGGGAGAUAGUUUUAGAGAAGAGUAGAUCAAGAAGGUUGGCUAAGGAUGAAAUUGAGAGGGGAGAGUUCAUUCCUGAUAGAUGGGAAAAAGUUGAUAUUGUGAAGGAUGAAUUUCGUUAUUCAAGAACACGCAGAUACGAGCCCGAGAAGGACCGAGGGUGCAAAGGUGUGCGUGAGCCAACGCCACCCGUUGUUAAAUACCCAACUGAUGAUGUUAAUAGAAGGAAGGAACUCAAUCGAAGUGGCAAUCAGCUCAGUAAAAGUACGCCCAGGUGGGAGACUGGCCAAGACAGAGGCUCGAGGUAUGGUUCGAAAGUUUUGAACGAUGAAGUUUCUCACAGGAAUGACUACAGCGAUGGUAAGAAUUUUGGGAAAGAUUAUUCUUCUAGCAAUCGUUUGAAGCGCUAUAGUCAAGAGUCGGAUAAUUUUGAGCGCAAACAUUAUGGUGAUUAUGGGGAUUAUGCAGGGUCAAAAAGCAGGAGGCUUUCAGAGGAUAGCAGUAGAGCUGCCCACUCUGAUCAUUAUUCAAUCCGUUCUAUGGAAAGGUCUUGUAAAAAUUCUUCUUCGUCUUCUUCUCGGGUAUCUUCAUCUGAUAAGUUCUCGUCAAGGCAUUAUGAAUCUUCUUCUACUUCAUCUCGGGAAGCUUAUAACAGACAUGGGCAUAGCCCAGGUCAUUCUGAUAGGUCACCUCGUGAAAAAUCCCGGCAUCAUGAUAUCAGGGAUCGCAGCCCUGCCCAUCGGGAUAGAUCACCAUACAUUGGUGAAAGAUCACCAUAUGGUCGUGAUAAAUCGCCAUAUGAUCGGAGUCGACACUAUGACCAUCGUUAUCGCAGUCCUCAUACAGAGCGGUCCCCGCAAGAUCGAGCUCGAUGUCAUAGUCGUAGGGAUCGAACACCAAACUAUUUGGACAGAUCACCUCUUGAUUGGAGUAGGUCCAAUAGCCAUAGAGAAUCAAGCAGAAGAAGUAAAGGAAAUGAAAAACACAGUUCGCACAAUGGAAGUAGAACUCGGGAAGAUAAAACUACACUGAAGGACCCUGAUGGAAGGGAAUCAAUUGUGACAACAAAAGAAUCCUGUGAUAAGAUCAUUGAGCUAAAUGCCAAUGGAUCGAUGGAGACUGUUGGUGAAUGCAGGUCUUAUGAAGGGGAGAAGUCUCAGAGUCCAAACCAAACUUGUAUAGAACAACCUCAUGUGGAUGGAGUUCCUGAAGAGCUGCCUUCUAUGGAGGAGGAUAUGGAUAUUUGUGAUACCCCGCCACAUGCUCCCUUGGUGACUGAUACAUCAACGGGUAAAUGGUUUUAUCUUGAUUAUUAUGGUGUGGAACGUGGACCUUCUAGACUGUAUGAUCUGAAGGCACUUGUUGAAGAAGGUUCUUUAAUGUCGGAUCAUUUUAUCAAGCACUUGGAUAGUGAUAGAUGGGUGACCGUCGAGAAUGCUGUUUCUCCUUUGGUCACCGUAAAUUUUCCAUCCAUUAUACCAGACUCUGUAACUCAGUUGGUGAGCCCCCCUGAAGCUUCAGGCAAUGUAUUGGCAGAUACUACAGAUACUCAAAGUGGCGAUUCUGAACAAAAACAAAUUUCAACUGCUGGGCCAAUUUUAUGUUCUGACGAAGGUGCGGAUACUUCUGAGCCAUUAGGAGAUCUUCACAUUGAUGAAAGGAUUGGCGCUUUGUUAGAGGAUAUUACUGUUAUUCCUGGCAGAGAACUUGAAACUAUUGCAGAAGUUUUGCAGAUGACUUUUGAUGGUGGACAAUGGGAAAGAUUGGCCAUCUCCGAAGGUUUCUCAGAUCAUGUUGGUGAACAGCUUGAUCAGAGUACCGAUGGUAUUUUGGAAUUUACUGACUAUGCAACAUCAGCGGAUACUGGUUCCAAGACAAAUGUAUCAUCAGAAAAGGACUUUGGCAUUGAUGAUUGUGACUUGACUUCUGGACCAUGGUCUUGCAAGGGUGGUGACUGGAGGAGAAAUGAUGAAUCUGCCCAAGAAAGAAAUGCUCGAAAGAAGCUUGUUCUAAAUGAUGGUUUUCCUCUGUGUCAGAUGUCCAAAUCAGGUUAUGAGGAUCCUAGAUGGCAUCAGAAAGAUGAAUUGUAUUAUCCUUCCCAAAGUAAACGACUUGAUCUGCCUCCUUGGGCAUUUACUUGUCUCGAUGAUAGGACACCAUUAACAAUGAGGGGAACUAAAGGAACUAUGCUACCUGUUAUCAGGAUAAAUGCUUGUGUGGUAAAGGAUCAUGGUUCAUUUGUCUCUGAGCCUCGCAUGAAGGUUAGGGGUAAGGGGCAUUCAAGGUCUUCUAAGCUAUUCUCUACAAAUAGUGAUGGGAAGCGUUUGUCAGCUGAUGGUGAUUCUCAGUUGAAAAUUGCUAGAGAUGUAGGUCCAGAGAGAUUUUUGAAAACUACUGCUUUCAUUAGCAUCCCCAAAGAUCGGCUUUGCUCAUAUGCUGACUUACAGUUGCAUUUAGGUGAUUGGUAUUACCUUGAUGGGGCUGGGCAUGAAUGUGGGCCUGCGUCGUUUUCAGAGCUACAGUUAUUAGCAGAUCAGGGUGUCAUUCAAAAGCACAGUAGUGUUUUCAGGAAAUUUGAUAGGGUGUGGGUUCCAGUUACAUCUCUUGCAGAAUGUUCUGAAUCGGCAAGAAAGAUUCAGAGGGAGAAAACUCCACUAUUUGGUGAAACAACAAAAGAUCCAGUUCCAGUAUCUGGGGCCACUUCCCUUGGUGGUCUCAUCUCAAAUUCAAGUGUGUUUCAUGAAUUACAUCCUCAGUUUGUUGGAUACACUCGGGGAAAGUUACAUGAAUUAGUUAUGAAAUCUUACAAGAGCCGGGAGUUCGCUGCAGCAAUAAACGAUGUGUUAGAUCCAUGGAUCAAUGCAAAACAACCAAAGAAGGAGAUGGAGAAGACCAUGCACUGGAAAUCAGAUGGCAGUGCACGUUCUGCUAAAAGAGCCAGAGUGGUGUUUGAUGAAAGUGAGGACGAUUGUGAAGUGGAUGAGGAUUUGCUGCAUCAACAUCAAAAGGAUGAAAUUUCGUUUGAGGAUUUGUGCGUGGAUGCCACUUUCCAUGGAGAAGGGAGUACAAGUUUGGAGGUGGAAUCCUGGGGUUUCCUUGAUGGUCAUAUUCUGGCACGAAUUUUUCAUUUUCUGCAGUCUGACCUUAAAUCCCUAUCGUUUGCUUCUGUAACUUGUAAGCACUGGAGAGCUGCUGUUCGGUUUUAUAAGGAUAUCUCUAGACAGGUUGAUUUAUCAUCCUUGGGUCCAAACUGCACAAAUUCCACGUUCCUGAACAUCAUGAGCACUUAUAAUAAAGAAAAGGUCAAUUGUAUAAUUCUAGUUGGCUGCAUCAACGUUACCGCAGUUGUACUUGAAGAGAUUCUUGGCAAGUUUCCUCAGUUAGCCUCUAUAGAUGUUCGAGGCUGCAGUCAGUUCAAUGAUUUGUCAUCCAAUUACCCGAAUAUAAAUUGGUUGAAAAGAAGUUCAAUUGGCACAAAAAACAACGAAGAAGGACACUCUAAAUUAAGGAGCCUUAGGCAUAUAACUGAAAAAUCUUCUUCUCUUUCUAAAAUUAAGGGCCUUAGUUCUAACGUGGAUGAUUUUGGUGAGCUGAAGGAGUAUUUUGAAAGUGUGGAUAAGAGGGAGUCAGCAAAUCAGUUAUUCCGCAGAAGCUUAUACAAGCGUUCAAAAGUAUUUGAUGCUAGAAGGUCCUCAUCAAUUGUUUCUAGAGAUGCCCGCAUGAGACAAUGGUCCAUUAAGAAAUCAGAAGUUGGAUAUAAGAGGAUGGUGGAAUUUCUUGCUUCCAGUCUGAAGGAGAUCAUGAAGGACAAUACAUUUGGAUUCUUUGUGCCCAAGGUUGCUGAAAUUCAGGAUAGAAUUAGAAAUGGUUAUUAUGUCAAGCGGGGGCUUUGUUCUGUCAAGGAAGACAUCAGUCGAAUGUGCAGGGAUGCGAUAAAAGCAAAGAGCCGUGGUGAUGGAGAUAUGAAUCACAUAAUUACGCUAUUCAUUCAACUUGCCACCCGUUUGGAGAAGAAAUCAAAGGUACGUCUGGAGAGGGAUGAUUUGAACUCUUGGGAAGAUGACAACUCUACAAGAUUUGGUUCUUCUGCUGCUCAGAAGUACAAAAGACGGCUUGGUAAAAUGGCUACUGAAAGGAAAUACACUAAUAGGAGCAAUGGCUCCAUAUUUGGAAAUGGUGCUUUAGAUCAUGGAGAGUAUGCAUCUGAUCGAGAAAUCAGGAGACGCUUAUCCAAAUUGAAUAAGAAGUCAAUUGGAUCUGAGAGUGAAACAUCAGACGAUUUUGAUAGGUCUUCUGGAGAUGAAAAGAGUAACAGUGAGAACAGUGUCUCAGAUACAGAAAGCGAUUUGGAGUUCUCAUCAGGUCGACUUGGAGAAACAAGAGGAGAUAAAUGCUUUAUUCUUGAUGAGGCACUUGAUUCUACAAUGGAUGACCGUGAAUGGGGUGCCCGCAUGACAAAAGCCAGCCUUGUUCCUCCUGUCACAAGGAAGUAUGAGUUGAUUGACGAAUAUGUUGUCAUAGCAGACGAGGAGGAAGUUCGACGCAAGAUGAGGGUAUCUCUACCAGAUGACUAUGUUGAGAAAUUAAAUGCCCAGAAGAAUGGUACUGAGGAGUUAGAUAUGGAACUUCCUGAAGUCAAGGACUACAAACCUCGAAAGAAAAUUGGAGAUGAGGUCUUAGAGCAAGAAGUUUACGGGAUUGACCCUUAUACACACAAUCUUUUGCUGGACUCAGUGCCUGAAGAUUUGAAUUGGUCUCUAAUGGAUAAACAUUUGUUUAUUGAAGACGUGCUGCUUCGCACUUUGAAUAAGCAGGCCAUACAUUUCACUGGCACUGGAAACACUCCCAUGAUGUAUCCUUUACAGCCCGUUAUUGAAGAAAUCGAGAAGGUUGCUGUGGAAGAAUGUGAUAUCCUAACAAUGAGACUGUGCCAAGGUAUCUUGAAAGCCAUGCAUAGUCGUCCUGAGGACAAAUAUGUUGCUUAUAGGAAGGGGCUGGGUGUUGUAUGCAACAAACAAGAAGGUUUUGCAGAAGAUGAUUUCGUCGUUGAAUUUUUGGGAGAGGUUUAUCCUGUUUGGAAAUGGUACGAGAAGCAGGAUGGAAUUAGGUCGUUACAGGAAAAUGACAAGGACCCAGCUCCCGAAUUUUAUAAUAUCUACUUAGAAAGACCGAAGGGUGACGGGGACGGUUAUGAUUUGGUGGUAGUUGACGCCAUGCACAAAGCAAACUAUGCAAGCCGCAUUUGCCAUUCUUGCCGACCUAAUUGUGAAGCAAAAGUUACCGCCGUAGAUGGUCAUUACCAGAUUGGAAUUUAUACCUUACGCAAAAUACAGUAUGGUGAGGAGAUCACAUUCGAUUAUAACUCCGUAACAGAGAGUAAGGAAGAAUAUGAAGCAUCAGUCUGUUUAUGUGGAAGCCAUGUUUGCCGAGGUAGCUACUUGAAUUUGACUGGUGAUGGAGCCUUUCUGAAGGUAUUGGAGGAAUGGCAUGGCCUUCUGGAUUGUCAUCAACUGAUGCUAGAAGCCUGUGAAUUAAAUUCAGUAUCAGAAGAGGAUUAUCUUGACUUGGGUAGAGCAGGAUUGGGCAGUUGUUUACUUGGGGGUUUACCUGAUUGGUUGGUGGCUUAUGCAGCUCGUGUGGUGAGGUUCAUUAAUUUUGAAAGAACAAAGCUUCCUGAGGAGAUUCUGACACACAAUUUGGAGGAGAAAAGGAAAUACUUUUCAGAUAUCUGUCUUGAUGUUGAGAAGAGUGACGCUGAAGUUCAGGCUGAGGGUGUUUACAAUCAAAGGCUACAAAAUUUGGCUGUUACUCUCGACAAGGUGAGAUAUGUGAUGAGAUGCAUUUUUGGCGACCCAAAGAAUGCUCCACCUCCAUUAAAGAGGCUUAGUCCUGAAGAAGCUGUAUAUUAUCUAUGGAAAGGAGAGGGAUCGCUAGUUGAGGAGCUGCUUCAGAGCAUGGCUCCACAUGUUGAAGAAGAUUUAAUAACUGAUCUCAAAUCCAAGAUUCAUGCCCACGAUCCAUUAAACUCUGAUGACAUUCAAAACGAACUUCAACAAUCUCUAUUGUGGUUGAGAGAUGAAGUUCGUAACGUUCCUUGUACAUACAAGUCCCGUAACGAUGCUGCCGCAGAUUUGAUUCAUAUUUAUGCUUUUACUAAGAAUUUUUUUAGAAUACAGGAAUACGAAGCUGUAACUUCCCCACCAGUUUACAUUAGUUCACUUGACUUGGGUCCCAAGUAUUUGGAUAAAUUAGGGACGGGUUUUCAAGAGUACCGCAAGACGUAUGGUCAGAAUUAUUGCUUAGGGCAGCUAAUUUUUUGGCACAACCAGCAAAACAUCGAUCCAGAUCGUAGCCUGGCCGAGGCCAGCAGGGGGUGCUUGUCUUUGCCAGAGAUAGCCUCCUUCUAUGCCAGAAUUCAGAAGCCUUCACGGCAGCGUGUAUAUGGCCCAAAGACUGUUAAAUUUAUGCUGUCAAGGAUGGAGAAGCAGCCGCAGAGACCGUGGCCAAAGGAUCGGAUAUGGUCGUUCAAGAACUCCCCAAAGGUGAUCGGCAGCCCAAUGCUGGACGCGGUGUUGAACAACUCACCCCUAGAGAGGGAUUUGGUACAUUGGCUAAAGCACAGAACUCCCAUAUUUCAGGCCAUGUGGGAUCGGUAAGAAAAAACUUUUGUAGGAGUAGAGGUAGGAUCAUUACCCAAUCCUGUGUAAAUUGUUUUGGAAUGAUUUCUCAAUUUAUAGUGUUCAUCGCUGCCCUGAAUAGUUGUUGGGGGGUUGGCCAUCAUUCCAGAGCAUCAUUACUAGCUUAGCUUCUUCCUUCCCAUUCUUCUGUACAGUUUCUUCUCUUCUUCUUCUUCCUUUCUUCUUCCUUUUGUUAUUUUGUAAUUCAUAUUUGGUUAGUAAAUCAUUAUUAUUCCCUCUAAUUGGAGAAAUGAAAGUAGAAGAAAUAGUUUAAAGGCUUA